GUUUUUUAGUGGUGCGCAGACUGCAAAGAAAUCCCACGAAGGCAGCUCAGCAACCAAAACCCAGGUUGCAGAAAUACAAAGUACUCUCUUGCUCUCUGUCUCCCUCUCAUAUAUCAGCAAACCUAGCUAAAGCCCUAGAGAUUAGCAGAGAAGAAGAAGAGAAAAUGGGACACAAAAUCCAUAUUUUUAGAGCCGAUUUUCAAUUUUGAAAUAAUUAUUAUUAACGUAAUAAUCACAAUAUUACCAAUAAGAAGCAGAAGCGGAAGAAUAACAAGGAUAAUAUGGGAAGAGGGAAGGUGGAGCUGAAGAGGAUCGAGAACAAGAUAAAUCGACAGGUGACAUUUGCAAAAAGAAGGAAUGGAUUACUGAAGAAGGCCUAUGAGCUUUCAGUUUUGUGUGAUGCUGAGGUUGCGCUCAUCAUUUUCUCCAACCGUGGCAAGCUUUAUGAGUUCUGCAGCGGCUCUAGCAUGCCAGAGACACUCGAGAGGUAUCAAAGAUGCAGUUACAGUGCACUGGAAGCCAGCCAACCUGCAAAGGAGACACAGAACAGUUACCAGGAAUAUCUGAAACUAAAAUCAAAGGUCGAGGUCCUGCAACGAACUCAGAGAAAUUUUCUGGGGGAAGAUUUGGGGCAUUUGGGUACAAAGGAGCUUGAGCAGCUUGAGCAUCAGCUGGACAAGUCAUUGAAGCAAAUCAGAUCAACAAAGACCCAAUUUAUGCUUGAUCAACUGUCUGAUCUUCAAAGAAAGGAACAAAUCCUAAUGGAAGCCAACAACGCCUUAAGGAGGAAGUUGGGUGAAAGCAGUGCAGAAAGUGGUCUGGGAUCAACAUGGGAAGCUGCCGCACAUAAUCUACCAUACAAUCGCGAGCCUGUUCAGUCAGAGGACUUUUUCGAGCCUCUGCAAUGCGAUAGCACUUUGCAGAUUGGUUACAAUCCUGUGCUGCGGGUUGAGAUGAACGGAGCCAGCACAACACAAAAUGUCAAUGGAUUCAUCCCUGGGUGGAUGGUUUGAAACCCAAACUCAUGAUCUGUAAUUGGCCAUAGAAAUGCCAACAGCGCAAUUGUUUUCUAACCUUCACUAAAAUCAUGCCUAUCCAACCCCUUUUCUGUCAUAUGACAGAGGACAAUAAUAGAGCUACUGAUUUGAGUAUAUCUCUAAUCUACGUCAAAGUUGUUAAUAAAGUCCAAUUGAAUUGUCGGCAAUUGUAGAAACCACAAUCCUUGGAACAAAUACUAUGUAAUAAAUCCUUUUGCAAUAAUUUGGGUUGGCUGAAAAUUUGUCCAUUAAGCUGGCCAAGUACAUAUAGCUUAUUGUGUUUAUAUUUGUGAAAAUUUGAAUGGGCAAGGGUGAUGGACUGCGUAAACAGA